CUUUCCAAAGGAAGGGUCAAAACAUCAUUUACUUGUAUUAGCUGCUGUUCCGUUGUCGGAGUGAUAUAAAGCCCUCACCAAAAGUCGCACAGCUCGGAUCAAUCAAACCCCUCUUUUUUCUUUUUUAUUCAAAAGCCCUUUACCCUCAUUAUCCCCAAAUUCUCCUUCUCUCGAUUUUGGAAACCCUUGUGUGAUCAAUGCUCCAUUUCUCCAAACCCUAGACAUGGUUGCUUUUGAUCCUCGUUAAAUUUCAUCUGUUUGUAUAGUGUUUUUGUAAUGAACAGUUCCACAGAAACAGCUAUGGAUGUUUUUGAGUUCAAAGCAGAGGAGCAGCAGCCUUCCGAAAUCGAGGCUAAUAGGUUUUGCAGCAACUUUACAAUCGCUCAAAAUGGUGCGCUAGGAACCAAUAUUAACUCGAAGGGGACUGGUGAUGAACCAUCUGAAGACAUUGAAGCAGCUGACAGUGAUUUCAAUGGUAACCGUGCUCUCUCAAGUCUGGAUGCAGAAGGUUGCAGUGAUGAGAGAAUGCUGAGGUUGGGUAGCAUGCCAAAAAUUGCUUCAACAAACAAAAGACGAUAUCCCCAUAGAGAGCCUAACAAUUGCAUAGGUGGAAGUUUCUUGGAAGGCAGUUCAUAUAGCGGGACAGCUUUUCAAGAGAUUUUCUCUGGAUCUCCUUCCAACGAUGAAUCAGUUGGUGCGGUUUCUGAUGAUGAUGAAAGCACAAGUGAGGAAUCGGCAUCUGCAUCAUACUCAUCUGCUACUCCAGAAAAUCAUGAAAUCUUAGAUGGACCAUUAUCAAAUCACCACUUUGACCACUGGGGAAUGUUUGAAAACAGCCCAAUCGUUUUCUGUCCCGAUUAUCUCAAUUAUCGAGGAACAUCCUACGUAGUGACAGAUACUACAGUAACCUUUUCCAGUAACUGUGUUGAGGUCAAAGGUUCAACAAGGAAUGAGAAUUCAGGAGCUUUUUGCAUUCGCUUUGAAGUUGAAGACAUAAUCCAAAUUCAACCACGUUUGUCAGGGAGGUUUGACGUAGCUGUGUUUAAGAUCCAUGUAAAUAAAAGAUCAACAACACAAGGUGAAGAUGCUCAUGAGACUUCUGUUCUUAAUGUCAAAGGUAUUGAGGAGGUGGAGUUUGCUGUUAAUGAUUUUGACUUGUCUGAGAAAUGUGAAGCAAUUCAAUCAUUGGAUGUCUACAAGGCAGUAUGGAACUACCACAAUGAGAAUGAAGAAUGCAGGGAGAAUUCAUAUGAGGAAACAUCAAAUCAGCGACCUAAGAAAUAUUUUCCAAGUUACGGUGAGCCGCUUGAAGAAGUUAUUUAUCCUAAAGGGGAUCCUGAUGCUAUUUGCAUUAGUAAGAGGGACUUCGAUCUUCUGGCACCAGAUACAUUUGUCAAUGAUACAAUUAUUGAUUUCUACAUAAUGUAUUUAAAGAACGGAAUUCCACCAGAAAAAAGACCACGAUACCAUUUCUUCAACUGUUUCUUCUUUCGAAAGUUGGCUGAUAUGGAUAAAGAUCCAAACAGUGCAUUUGAUGGCCAUGCUGCUUUUUUGCGUGUCCGUAAGUGGACAAGGAAAGUGAACUUAUUUGAUAAGGACUUUGUAUUCAUUCCGGUAAAUUACAAUUAUCACUGGAGUCUGAUUGUCAUAUGCCAUCCUGGUGAAGUGGCUAACUUUACAGAUGAUAAUACUGCAGCGAGCUCAGUCAGAGUACCAUGUAUAUUACACAUGGACUCUUUUAGGGGAAGUCAUGUGGGUCUCAAAGAUCUUAUUCAAAGCUACCUUUGUGAGGAGUGGAGAGAGAGGACAAAGGAAACGUCUGAUGUUGUCUCUUCAAAUUUUCGAAAUUUGAGAUUUCUCAGUCUUGAGCUACCGCAACAGCAAAAUCUAUCGGACUGUGGCCUUUUUUUACUACACUACGUGGAGAGUUUUUUGGAGGAAGAUCCUGCUGGCAUCAGUCCAUACAGUAUAAAGAACUACCACAAUGAAUUUCUCAGCACAAACUGGUUUCAACCUCAUGAGCCUUCUAUAAAGCGAAGUGCAAUUCAAAGACUGAUCAGUAAUCUCCUCCAGAAUCUUUCUCUCGAAAAUUCUCCCUCUUGUGUGAGUAAUAGUUGCUAUCCUGAAGGUGGUCUCAAGACAAGCAAUGAUGAUGAAAAUGCUUUAGAAUUAGUGGCUGAUCAACUUGGUUCAUCAAAGAGUUCAGACAAUUUACCGCGUUCUCAAGCUAUUGAGAUAAACCCAUUUCCUACUUCCUCUAUCAGGGAUGUUUGUACUAGUGCUUCAGGCUUUGUUUUAAAUGAUUCUUUUGAGUCUGAAUCUGACGAAGAACCUUUACUUGACAUGGGUUUUGGUCACUCAGCAUCUUUUAAUGAGUUCAGGAGUUCAUUACCACCAAUACAGGAAGAGCUAGAACCUGGAGAUCAUCUUGUGUACACAGCAACUGACACAGGCCUCCAGCAUCUGGGUGGGAAUGGAUCUGAACCCUGUGCCUUUUCAUUUUCAUCUGGGUCUCUUGUUGCGGGAACUUCCUGGAUCCCAGGUGUAUCAGUUGUCCAAGAUGUGGAUGAGGAAUUGGACUCAUCACCAACUACUUCAGUCCGUGACACCAAGAAUCCAUUAGAAGUUGAGGUUGUAGAACUGUGCAAAGUAGAUCGAAAUAUGAGUUCAGAUGAGAAAAUAGAUCAUCCAAAGUCGAGUAUUGAUUGUUUGGUUGAUGGACAUGCCACUCCUGGCGAGCUGCUGGACAUCACUUUGGCACAAUGCUCGAUUGAGACUCAUGAUAACAGUGGUACUGGUCUUGUCACCUCCGGUGAGGAGAACCCAUAUGAUAUCCAUGGAAAUGUCAACCUUGCCUGUAAAAGCUUGUUGCUCAUUGGUAGUGGUUCUGGCUCAGAAGCAGAUCCUGAACACAAUGUGAAAAGGAGGCGGCUUACAGCCUUGGACGAAGAGGAAGUUGCAUUUAGAAGUAGUUUGACACAUGAUCUGCAUUUGUAGAUUUGACCUAUGGAAGUCUUAUCAAGCAUUCUUUGCUCUCAUGGCACUAGGAAUACAAGAAUAUUAUUUGGUAGCUGCAUACUCCAUACUGUGAAUAGAUUUUCUGUACACCCGCCAUCUGAAUUUUUGUAAAUGCUCUUAAUCGGGGUUUUAGUUGCAUCCAUUUAGGGACCUCUUUGGACUAAUCAUGAUUGCUGUCUUGUUUUAGUUUCUCAUCAAUGUGAUGCUAACGUACUUAUUUA